AUGCCUGCCGUCCGUUUUUAUCCCCCGCCGUCGCUGGACUCGUUGGGAAUGUGCGAGUAUUGUGGGGCAUCCUCCAUGUACCUCUGGAAAGCAACCACCUGUGAGCAUUACGUAUGCAAGAAGUGCUUACUGAACAAGGAACCUUCGCAAGCGCCUCGUUGUUCCCGCUGCAACGGAAGCAGCCUCUUGCUCUGUCCUGGUUCAAUGUUUGGCUGCAAGUAUCAAACGGCCAUCCCUCAUAACUGUGUGGACCACCUCCGCACCUGCCCUCGACGCCCGACGCCGUGUCCCAACGAGUGUUCUUCCAUUGUCUCCAACACCGACCUGCCAAAACACUUGACCGAUGAGUGUCCCAGGCGUACGCAGGAGUGCCGUUUCUGCCACGGGAACUAUUUCGUCUCCGAGAUUGGGAGUCACUUUAUGGACUGUUAG